AUUUCAUAGUGACUUCUUCCCGGCUGCGAUUCGAGAACACAGAAUAUGAACUUUACCCAGAAGCGAAGAGUUGGCUCGAAGGUAGAAAGACUUGCUCCCAAUUAGGCGGAAGACUUGCCAGUGUCAAGACAGAAGAAGUGCAAAACUUCUUGGUGAAGAAUGUCAUCCAGGCAAAGGAGCACGUGUGGAUAGGAGGGUUUGUUGGAAAAAGAUGGUUCUGGACUGAUAAGCAAGAGAUAGAGUGGUUUUUCUGGGCGCCCGGAGAACCCAAUAAUAAUGGAGACAAGGAGGAUAGACUCCAAUUGUUUUAUGGAUAUGACGGUCACCUCUUCAAUUACACGUGGAACGAUAAUGAUGGCAGUAAAAAAUGUGAACUCGGCGUUAAAUCAAAAUUCAUUUGCAGAUAUGAUAAAACAAACUGUAAAAACGCAACAGUCUGCCAUAACUCCAAGACUAACCAUCCAUGCAUUGAAUCCGGGUCUUGGUGCUACAUCUUGGAGGGGCAAAUUGCUGGCCCGAAUCACAAGAGAAACGACCAGUGCACUGAGAGAGGAUGGACAUGGGAUGCUUCACGCAUGUACUGCCAGAAAAAUAAUGGAAUUCUUGCCAAGAUUGAGGACCUGCCGACGAUGGAAAAGAUAAGAAGCAGAAUUCAAUCAGAUAAGUCAAGAUACGAGGGGAACUAUUGGAUUGGUGGCAUGUGGGAUAGGGAUGCUCAGCGUAUUUGGAAAUGGGUUGGAGGCGGCAACGUGUCAUACACUAAUUGGAAGUCAGGUGAACCAAAAGAAAACAGUGACUUAAAAAUGGUUUGCAUGGAGAUGUGGACACGUCGCAUAGACAACAUUAGCGAAUGGAAUGAUGAAAAUUGCCAAAAUACCUACCCUUACAUUUGCCAGUUUGAUAUAACCACAUACACGAGUCCUUCAACGGGUUCAAUCGACAGUAUAGUGACCACACCGUCCACGUCCACAACAGGUAUGGUGCCUACCCUCUUGGCUACCAUGCCGUUCAAUGCAACAACUUCGACCUUUGAGUCAAAGAGCAUCGACAUAUCCAACCCAAAAACGGCAAUGACGCCAGACAUAAGACCAUUAGAGAAAAUCGCUGAAUCAACCAGUCUGCCCACCGAUGUAGUGAGUUUUGGUACUCCAGCUUCAGAAAGUGUAAUGGCGUUUAAACAUACCACAACUGUAAGACGUGAAGACGUCAGUCAUCCCAUUACCAAGGGUGCGGCGACAGUGACACGGUCAGACCCGUUCAUCAGUGACAUGAAUAAAACGCCAGAUUUUGCCGGUCUUUUAUCAAACAACCCUUCGAAGAACACAAGAGUGUCAUCUGCUCCUCCGUACAAAACGGUUGCUGUGUCUCAGACUUCAACUCGACUUCCUCACCCAACUGAGCAAGAGACAGAUGCAGAGCAGGCAAAUUUGCCGAAUAAAUCCUUACAGUCUACCACCUUAUCUUCGGCCCAAACUUCUAAAUUGCUACCGGAGGAGAGGAAUACAAAAGUUCCAAGAUUACAGCUUUCUGAAGAAUUCACCUCUGUUGCCCCAUCAAACCAAAAUGGAAGAUAUAAACAUAGGAGUGACAAUGGGACUGUUCCAAAAGAGGUUCCAGAUUGGGUCAUUGCUGUGAGCACUGUCGCCUCAGCCGCCGUAGCAUGUGGUAGUUGUCUGCUGCUUGGCGCUCUUUACAAGAGAAAGAGGAAGAAAAAGAAGAUCAAACCAGAUGAAAACGAAAACAAACAAGAAGCUUCCAAAUCCUGGAUUUUGUCGAUUUAAUGCAUCGUUGUUCCUUAAUCUCCAAUCACAGGGUGCGCUUAAAUUGUCUGUUACAAAAUAAUUGUACCGCAGAUACUUUAAUUUUGUAUACUUUUUUGGAAGCCCCUGGUAUCAGAGGGUAGUUUAUCUUCUUUUGACAAACAUUUUGCCAAAUUCCCCACAUAUUAUCUCGACUGGGGAUAUGUAGGGGAGUAUUUGGAGAAUAAUUUAAAAGAUAAACACCCCUUUCAGUCAUAACAUGUUUUAUUUGCAGUAAUUUGCCGAGUUCGAAGUAGAUAAAAUGUCAGAAUACACUUCACUACAAGACAUCUGUUCAUCAAAAACAUACUAAUUAUGCAGAGACGAAAACUUUCAGGAGACUUUCAUACAAAAGAUACUAUAUUAUUAAACAUUUAAAGCAGAAAAAGAAAAAGAAAUCCUAUGAUUAAAUCAACUCUGUAUUUAACAAGCAAUUGUUUCGUCAAGCCUUUAGUAGUCUUUUUUCAAUGCGAACAUAUUAUAUAAUUAAUAUCAUUACGUAUCAUUGUAAAUGUUAUUGUUACUUUCCUUAUUUUCUAUACACUUAUAUGUUUGCGCUUGUGGUGUAUUUGUUAGGUUAUAGUCAUUCUGAAAAUGUAC